AUGCCGACUUGUUCCCUUGCACCCGACAAGAUGGGUGUUCGGGCUGCAGUCGUCGUUUCUGUCACAAGUUUUCUUCUCGGUUCUCUUUUUACUCACUGGAUUGCGGAUUCGAUUACUCUUUGGAAAUCACCGACCAACGACGACACCAAUUUCUGGAUAGCUGCUUCCUACUAUACGAUUCUAACCAAGUUCCCACAACAACUUUCCUAUGCGUUGGCCGCCAUAAUUGUUCUUGGUGGCACCACCAUCAUAUGGAGUUUUAAUGACGGACGUGCUGGAAAUCUAAUGUUUGACGGAGGAAGUCUCUUCUUGUUUGCCACUACUUUGGCUGUAUACACCUAUUCCGUGAUACCCACUCUUCGCACACACUUCACGUCUCUACCCCCUCAUCAAUUGAACGAUGCUCUUCCUCAGGAUCUCAGGGCGCCUGUGCUAGACCUGGCGUCAAGUCACCUCAUAUGCAGUGUUACGCUUACAGGUGUCCUUGCACUCCAAGCUGGCCGAUUCUGGGCAGAAAAAACGGAUGACGAGGGAGACGAAGAAUUUGUUGAGCUGGAUACCGAUUAUAAGCCAACACCUAGUCAAUCACGGAGCAAGACGCCGAAUGCAGAGCUUAGUGACUCGUAAUCACUGCGACGUAUGGACAGUUCCUAACACAGCAAAGCACUGAGCAAUUC